AUGGAUGGCCAAACUAAAUCUUAUACUUGUGUUUUUUGUAAGAGAGGAUUCUCAAAUGCACAAGCACUUGGAGGCCACAUGAAUAUUCAUAGAAGAGAUAGAGCCAGGCUUAGGCAAUCACUUGAAGAGAAAAUGUUGCUUCAAAUUGAUGAUGAUCAACAAAAAAAUAAUAAUACCAACCAUAAGAAGCCAUGGAAUUUUCUAGAAAUGGAUGAUGAUGAUGAUGAUUAUGCAAUAAUCCAAAGGGGCAAAGGAACAAUAAUUGGUGGUACUUCAGAAAUUCCUCAUCAAUUUCCUCUUCUUGUUGGGGUGCCACAUAGUUAUAAUAAUUAUAUGAAUGAGAUAAGGAAAGGUAUUAUUGAAGAAAAGAAUAUUGAAGUGGAUCUUGAGCUUCGUCUAGGGUUUAUUGAGCCAAAAGAAGCAACAACUUUGAGCACUAGGAAAUUCUUUUAA